AUGGGAGCCAGCCAGUCUUCCAACCACUCCGCCCGAGAAGAAUCCCUGGAAUGGGGCCGCAGCCUGCAGCGACACUACAACGGGGACCGCCACUGGGCAAGCGGUCGCCGAUCUGAGCGACCGAAGCUCACUCCAGGGCAGCUCGAGGCCCGACGAUUGGAGCUGAGCAACCAUCGCAAGCAAGCUAUUCAGGCCGACCCCGAUGCCAGUGCCGAUACCGUUGCCUACUCAGAUCGUCCACGCCGGUAUCUGAACUUCUGGGGCAACGAUGAGCAUGAGAAAUACCCGGACCUCGACGUCUACUACAGCUCAACGAAAGGGUUUGCGCGCCGGCUGGUUGUGCAAGCGACUGACGACGCCCUGGACGAUAAACGUCCACGACACUGGGAUCACAAGAAACUUACAGGCAAUGCUCCUUUUGUGAUCAGGCUGGCCGAGAUUUGCUUAGACCCCUUUGACAUUGACCGGUUGGCGGAGCGCAUCAAAAAGAACAGGGCCUUUCCGCGACGUAUUCUACUGACUGUUGUCCUAAAGCCCGUCCAUUUUGUCUUAUCCGCAGUUCUUACAUUGCUCCUGGCGUGGAUUAUUCAAAUUUUGAUAUCCGUCCAAGUUGUCACCUCGCCAUGGACCGCCGACGGCUCCGUCGAGCCAUAUGAAGACUACGAAAAUGUUCACUGGAAAUGGCCUAGACACGCGGUCAACGUCCUGGAUCAGGCGCCUAAACAUAAGGAGCCACAAUCUGACACACACAAACUUAUGAUCCCGAAGCGUCUGGUUGUGAAGGGGGCAGAUGGCAAUUGGGAAGCUCAAGACACCAAGGAUCUCAGAGACCGAAACACAGGCAUGCUGCAACCGUACAUCUUUCUGAGUUUCACCAGGGCUAGCUAUCCCGCCGACGACUCCGUUUUACGGCCAUUCUUCCACUCAGUUGGAGAAGCUAUCCUCGAGGCCGAGAAUAAAGCAAGAUUGCCGGACGAACCUCUGAUUAAAGCAUUCUGGGUUGACACGGAUUGCGUCUCUCAUGAGUCGGGGCAGUGGGCAGAAGAUGUCAACACGAUCUGCGACGCCGUUCGGUGCGCGAGACGGGUGUACAUCCUUCUUCCCAGCGAUGGGAAAGAAGACAAAAGAGCCUGGGGUGAGCGGAUCUGGACCCUACCCGAGGCCCUUCUUGCUGCCGAAAAGCUCCGGUAUUACUGUGUGGCUCCGAAUUGGCAAACACCCGUCCAAGCCAUGUCUGCCAAGUACACAAAGGUGUCGUUGUCGGAUAUGCGUGAAAGUUUCUGGCCUGCCCAGUUCUACAAGGCGCUACCCGGACAAGGCUCAAGUGAGGACGCGAUCUCUCACCUAGUCGACCAUUAUACAAAUCGCACCCAACUCAGCGAGCUGCAGUUGAUUACUUACGCAGUUCAGGCCCUGGCCCGUCUUACCAUGGGCAAGGAUAUCAAAGGGUACGAAGACAAGCACCUGGCCUAUGCAGCUAUGGGACUCCUAGCGUACCGACUGAGACCCGAUGAGGAUGACAAAUCCUUCCAGGCCAUUGCUCGCUUGUCUCUUGUGAAUGACAGCAACGAGCUCGUUGAGCGCCUUCUUUGUCUGUGGCCAAAGCCGACACCCGAAAGAGGGCCCAUGGGACUGCUCUCCGAUAUCGCCGAAGAAGAUCAAUACCGCACUCAUCUGUGGGACAUUCACCCGCUCUGCAGCGUGGUCGGGAUCGGGGAUGACGACGACGACGAACCCGCCUCCACGGUGGUCCUAGACCGCUGCCGCGGGAUUCCGAUCCGCUGGAAGAGCUUCCCAAGGCUGAGCUAUGCGAGAGACAUGACCGGCUUCCGUGCGUCUCUUUCGCAAUGGAUUGUGUACCUGGGUGCCUGGUUCUUCCUGGCCGGGUUCAACCUCUUCGGAACGGUCGCUCUUCUUGCCUUUUCGAGGCUUGGAAAUGAAACGGAAAAUGAAACGGUGACACAGGCAUUUGACGAGAGUAAUUUGCAAUGGUCGUUACUCAUGGUCUUGUUGUAUAUGGCUGUCGGCUGGGUCAUCUCCUGGUUCAGUCCCCUCGCCGUCCGCCAGCUGUGCAACAGCGGCACAAAGGGUGUCUCCUGUCACCUCUUUGGCUUUGAAGGCACGAGUACCCUUUACGAGAUCGAGACUAAGAUAUAUGGCAAUCAUCAUGACCGCCUGUCAUAUGCCCCCUCGUCUACUCCUUUUUGCAAGGAAAUGCGGCACGACUCUAUAAGACAAGGCGAGGAACCAGAUUCCGAGUAUUGGAACAGGAUGCGCAAAGAGCUCAAUGUCCCUGAUAGCCAUCGGCUGUUCACCAUUGUCGACACGGGCAGCCUGAGCGUGUCCGUUAUUGCUGCCGAGAGGCCGCCGGUGGUUGCGCUCAUCUGUGGCCGGGAAGGGGGCAUGCUCCGCACUGUGCUCUGCAGCUGGCGGUUUGAGACCAAUACCUUGUAUCGAGAGGGGGUGAUGCGUAUGCGCAGCUCACUGGAGGAGAUUGCGACGCCAAACGACUGGCUGAAGAUCAGCUUUGCUAGUCAGGGGGAUGUAAAUCGCAUGCGAGGAUUGGCGAGGAAGGAAACUUGA